AACAAGGAGUAGUAGGAGGCUUUGACGAGAAGCGGCCAUGGACGUGCCACGAAGCUGACCUCGUGGUCCAGCGUGGUUAAUGAAGAUCUAAAAUAUUACGAGGGAAAGAGGGAAUAGGAUCGCCAGCAAUGAAAAAAAUGGAUCUGUACAAGGUGCUGGGGGUGAAUCGGAGCGCCACCAAAGAAGAAAUCAAAGAAGCGUUUCGAAAGCUGGCGGUGAAGUAUCACCCGGACAAGCACUCCCAAUCGCCGAAACCCGUCCGAGACUCGGCCACCCUCAGGUUUAAGCAGGUCUCCGAGGCCUACGAAGUUCUCAGUGACGAUCGCAAGCGCGCCCACUACAAUCUCACUGCUUCUUCUUCUUCUUCUUAUAGUUAUAAUCAUCGAUACAGAACAGCCAGCCGCGGCGGCGGGGGCUACGGUUACGCUUCUUCCAAUUCUUACUCUUAUUCUUAUAGUAAUAACAAAAGUAAUAUCUGGCAGAUUGCGCUUCGCUUUUUCUCUACGCGCACCUUUCUUCUCAAUCUCGCCUUUGCCGGUGCUCUGUACGGUGGAAUUGUUGCAAUUGAUUCCAGCAGAGAGUCACUAUGGAAAAUGCAUAAUUCUGGGAAAUCAUUUGAAGAAGCCAUGGAGUCACUUGAGAAAGCCAAAGCACAUAGAGAUACGUAAGAAGACUAUUGUUCAAACUCUGUCUGGAUUCUGCUAGUUCGAGUUCCAAUACUUUAUCAUGGUGCAUUGUUUCCACAAUGUUGUGAGAUCAAGAGUAUUUCUGUACAGUUCCUUCUAUUUAAUUGUUCAUACAGUGAUAUUUACAUCAUUGUUUUCAGUGUAUGAUAGUAUAAGUUAUUGUAGUACGAGGUCCGCUUUCUCAAAAAUGUAAACACAUGGUUGUAUAUGUUAAUUGUUAAAGAAAUGACCAUGUCUGACUUCUCUGCUGCUGAA